AUGGCGCCGGAGCGGCUGCGGAGCCGCGCGGUCUCAGCUUUCAAGCUGCGUGGCUUGCUGCUCAGAGGUGAAGCCGCUAAGUACCUCAUGGAAGCGCUUCAGUCUGUCACUGAGUUGGAGCUGGAGGAGGCCCUUGAGAAGAUCAUCGAUGCGGUCGAAAAGCAGCCCUUGCCAUCAAACAUGGUCGAACGAUCUGUAGUGGAGGCGGCAGUCCAGGAGUGCAGUCAGUCAGUAGAUGAGACCAUGUACGUGGUGUUUUAUGGGUUGUUUUUCAGAGAGCAUAUUUUCAAUAUCAUUGGAGCUUUUGAUAUUCCACAUUUUGUGUACAGUUCAGAAAGAAAAAAAUUUCUUCCUUUGUCAAUGACUAACUGUGCUGCACCAACCUUAUUUGGAACAGCAAGAGAUAAAGCUGAGCUCUAUCGUGAACGAUAUACCAUUUUACACCAGAGGACGCACAGACAUGAGUUAUUCACUCCCCCAGUGAUAGGCUCGUACUCCGAGGAAAGAGGAAGCAAAUUCCAGCUUAAAACAAUAGAAACUUUAUUGGGCAAUACAACCAAAGUCGGCGACGUGAUUGUUCUUGGAAUGAUAACCCAGUUGAAAGAGGGGAAGUUUUUCCUGGAAGAUCCUACUGGAACAGUACAGCUGGACCUUAGUAAAGCUCAGUUCCACAGUGGCUUAUACACUGAGGCGUGCUUUGUCCUGGCUGAAGGUUGGUUUGAAGAUCAAGUGUUUCAUGUCAAUGCCUUUGGAUUUCCACCCACUGAGCCUUCUAGCACCACCAGGGCAUACUAUGGAAAUACUAAUUUCUUUGGAGGCCCUUCUAACGCAUCAGUGAAGACUUCUGCAAAACUCAGACAGCUGGAGGAUGAGAACAAGGACGCCAUGUUUGUGCUUGUGUCUGAUGUUUGGUUGGACCAAGUGCAAGUGUUGGAGAAGCUGCACAUAAUGUUUUCUGGUUACUCACCAGCACCUCCAACCUGCUUUAUUCUGUGUGGUAAUUUUUCAUCUGCACCAUAUGGAAAAAAUCAAGUCCAGGCUUUGAAAGAUUCCCUAAAAUCUUUGGCAGACAUAAUAUGUGAAUACCCAAGUAUCCACCAAAGUAGCCGCUUUGUCUUUGUGCCGGGCCCGGAGGAUCCUGGAUUUGGUUCCAUCUUACCAAGGCCACCCCUUGCUGAGAGCAUCACCGAGGAGUUCAGACAAAGGGUACCGUUUUCCGUCUUCACUACCAACCCUUGCAGAAUUCAGUAUUGUACACAAGAAAUUAUUAUCUUUCGUGAAGACUUAGUGAAUAAAAUGUGUAGAAACUGUGUCCGUUUUCCUAGUAGCAGUUUGGAUAUUCCUACCCAUUUCGUAAAGACUCUCUUAUCGCAGGGACACCUGGCUCCGCUCCCUCUUUAUGUCUGCCCUGUCUACUGGGCAUAUGAUUACACUUUGAGAGUGUACCCCGUGCCUGAUCUGCUGGUCAUUGCCGACAAGUAUGAUCCUUUCACCGUGACCAACACCGAGUGCCUCUGCAUAAACCCUGGCUCUUUUCCAAGAAGUGGAUUUGCAUUCAAAGUUUUUUACCCUUCCAGUAAGACAGUAGAAGACAGCAAACUGCAGGGCUUUUGAGACUGAUGAGAAUACGUGAAUUGAGUUUUAUUAUUUUUAUCUUGUGUAAUUUGUAUAUUAAAUUGUAAUAAAGUUAUGGUAAACCCUACAGUGUUCUGCACAAAUUGUAUUUUAUGAAAAUUUUAUAGUACAUUACAUUUGAGAAAGUUUUAUAGAGAAAAUAUUUAUUCUGCAGUCUCAGAA